GUUUUUUCUUUAGCAACCCACGAAGCAUUCGAUCGACGAGGGAACAAGGACGACGACCAGUCGUCGAGACCAGACGAACCCACGAAAAUAUUAGCGACGGCAUAUUGGCGCAUUACUGGUCGUCUUUUCGAACUCGGCUUUCCAAACGACAAACGAAAGUGGCGUACCCCGCCAGGCUGCGCAUCCUCUGUUUCAGAGAAGGACUACGAGCAGAGAGAGCAGCACGGCCGCGCCGCUGUGUACACCCGUGGAUAUACCGGCACUUCACCAGUCAUCGUGCGAACUGUGCUCCGACGGCAGCAGCGGCAGCAGCAGUAGCAUUCCCGCAAACAGUUGUAUCCUGCCAGCGGCCCUUCAACAGCGACAACCCUCCCCCACCACGCGAGGACCGCCCCCAGGACCGUUUCGGCAUCGUGAUACCAAUGACAUUAGACACCACGCCGGCCCCGGUGGCGCUCGGGGAGAACGGCGAGCCCCUGCCGACAACGACAGCACGGAUAACAAAGAAGCGCAAGCCCAAGCAAAAGCAAGACAAGAACGCCAUUGAUGCCGACCAGGAGGGCCAGCUAUGGCCGAUCCCGUACAUAAUAGACCCUCCGUCAGAGGGCGGCCUCCGCCGCGUGGCGCCAUACCACUACACCUACAAGACCUGGGUCAAGCAGCGCUGGCGCGGGCGCGAGCUGCUCGAGGUGUUUGAGAGCGAAUUCCGCGACCGGCCCCUCGAGUACUACCGGCAGGCCAUGCUCGCGGGCGCGGUGCGCGUCAACAACAAGCAAGUCCCGCCCAACCACGUGCUGACCAACGGCGAGCUCGUCUCACACACAAUACACCGGCACGAGCCGCCCGUCACCGCGGACCCCAUCGCCGUGCUGCACGAGGACGAGGACAUGAUUGUCAUUGUCAAGCCCUCGGGCGUGCCCGUGCACCCGGCCGGGCGGUACAACUACAACUCGGUCAUUGAGAUUAUGCGCGCCGAGAGGGGCCGCGGCUGGACCGCGUACCCGUGCAACCGCCUCGACCGGCUGACGAGCGGCAUCAUGUUCAUCGCCAAGAACCCGGGCGCGGCCGAGGUGCUGAGCGCGCAGAUUGCCGCGCGGACGGUGCGCAAGGAGUACAUUGCCCGCGUCAUUGGCGAGUUCCCGGACGGCGAGGUCGUCUGCGACCAGCCGAUUCUGCAGAUCUCGCCGAAGCUCGGCCUCAACAGGGUCCGCGCGAACGGCAAGCACGCGCUCACAGUGUUCAAGAAGAUUGCUUAUUACCCGCCGUCAUCAUCAUUGUCAUCGUCUUCACCAUCACCAUCAGAAUCACCAGGCACAGGAGAGACACAUGCCACGAACAGUAACGGGGAGAACAACAAGGAGAGACCGUGGACCGGAGCAAAGGGUUACUCGAUCCUGCGGUGCCUGCCCGUGACCGGGCGGACGCACCAGCUGCGCGUGCACCUGCAGCACCUGGGCCACCCGAUCCAGAACGACCCCAUCUACGCGAACCAGAAGGUCUGGGGCGCCCGCCUGGGGCGGGACGACGCGGCGGCCUCGGAGAACACGGACGAGGACAUCAUCUCGCGGCUGGACCGCAUGGGCAAGCAGGAGGUCGCCGACGCCGUGGCGUACCACGACGAGAUGGUCGACGAGUACUACAAGAAGAAGGCCGAGAAGAUGUCGGGCGAGCUGUGCGACGUCUGCGACACGCCGCUGUACACGGACCCGGGCGAGCAGGAGCUCUCGCUCUGGCUCCACAGCCUCCGGUAUGAAGACGCCGGCGGGCAGUGGCGCUACGUGAGCCCUCUCCCGCAGUGGGCGCUUCCCCCCUUGGGCAUGGCGGGCCCGACCACUGUCGGCGGCAUGGAGGAGCUCGUCGAGGCUGUCAAGGACGAGAACCCGGAGAUAGCAUAGUUCAAAAAUACUCGACCCGGACCCGAGUUGAGGCUACUACUACUACUACUGCCCGGAUACAGGAAGUUCUCUUGUGUGUAUGUGGGUGGGGGGGAAGGGAGGGGA